AGUGCUUGUGAUGAGUAAAGACGAUUAAAAAAAGUGUCGAUAGGUCAAUAUUCCGCAGAAAUUAGCCAGAAUCUUCAGGUAUCUACAAAAUAUACUAAAUAACCACCCUCGCAUGUGAGGGUACUAUGUGGUGGUGCUGUUCUUCUUCCGCUAGUUCAGGACCGAUGGCUGCGAUACGAAAGAAAUUAGUGAUUGUCGGUGAUGGUGCGUGUGGUAAAACAUGCUUGUUGAUCGUGUUCAGUAAGGAUCAGUUUCCGGAAGUGUAUGUGCCGACAGUGUUCGAAAACUACGUCGCCGACAUCGAGGUGGACGGCAAGCAAGUGGAGCUCGCGCUGUGGGACACGGCGGGGCAGGAGGACUACGACCGCCUGCGCCCGCUGUCCUACCCCGACACGGACGUCAUCCUCAUGUGUUUCUCGGUGGACUCUCCCGACUCGCUGGAGAACAUCCCCGAGAAGUGGACCCCCGAAGUGAAGCACUUCUGCCCCAACGUGCCCAUCAUCCUAGUGGGCAACAAGAAGGACCUGCGCAACGACCCCGCCACCAUCAACGAGCUGCGCAAGAUGAAACAGGAGCCCGUGAAGCCGCAGGAGGGCCGCGCCAUGGCGGAGAAGAUCAACGCGUUCGCGUACCUCGAGUGCUCGGCCAAGAGCAAGGAGGGCGUGCGCGAGGUGUUCGAGACGGCGACGCGCGCCGCGCUGCAGGUGAAGAAGAAGAAGAAGGCCCGGUGUGCGCUGCUGUAAGUGCCGCGGUCGGCAGAACUCUGACUCGUUGCAUACUGCCUGAACCUUACGUUUGACGGACUGACUGCAGCAGUGCGACACGGCACAGUGCUUCCUUCUGCCGCCGCGAGUCGCGCACGCACGCACACCCACUCAGUAUUCGUGUGGCUCUACUCUCACUAUUGGUACUUGUAUAUUUUAUAGAUUAUCUAUAAAGAGUAAGCAUAAUUGCCUUAACAGAAUUAGUCGGGGAAGCAGGCCGGCCGGGCCUGCGGAGUUUCGUGCUAUGUUGUCAUGUAUAUCGAGUAGCGUUUCUUCCACAUGUAGGACCCUCGACUGGCGUGGUCUCGGCGAGACUAUUGUUUAGUUGGUAUUUUUUAUUUUUCAGUAAUAGUGAAGUAUAAAAGGUGUAGGAGGUUUAUUUGACGAGGAGUGCGAGCUCACUUGACUCAGCUAAGUGCCUGUCAACUAGACACGUCUGCCGGACGUACAAUCUUAACCUAUUUGUUUAAGGCAGUUUUAUUGUAAUCUAUCAUUUGUGUGAAAUUUUAACUUCCAUAUGGUUAUAUAGCAUGUUAACAUAAUUUAUUAGUAAUAAAGGAACCCCAUGUUUUAACAAUUCUUUUCUAGACUUUUUGACUUUUAUAAAUUUAAUACAGCAUUUAUAAAUAGAAAGGUUUCUAUCUAGAAUGGGGGAUUAUUUAAGUUAAAAUUCAAUUCUUCUAUGUUAUGUUUUAUUAGUAUCGUAAGUACAAAAUUACUUGAAAUAUACAUGAAAUUAACAUAAAUUAGAUUUCCUUUUAUAAUUUAAGAUAUUUUGGAUCUAUUCCAAUUACAAAUUUAUUAACUAAUCAACCAAGCUUUCAAUUAGGAACUCCUCCUGCCAUCUUCAGCACCUGCAGAGGGUUGGUGAACCUUCUGCGAGGAGUGGACAUGAGCUGCUUGUCUGCCGUGCUGGUGCGGUACGGGAGCGGCGUGCCGAGCGGCAGCUGGCUCUCGUGCCACACCAGCUCGGGCGCCCAGUCCGCAUACAGCACCGUGUCCACGCCUCCGAGCUCAGCGCUCUGGACUGGUGUGAUCACAUACAGCAGUCCCUUGUCCCAGUCAAUGCCUCGAAUCAACCCUGUGACAAAAACAACAUAUAUAUUGCAUUGUAUUUGCACCUAUCAGUUAAUCAAGCACUAUAUUAUAGCACUUUUAUUGAUAACACAAAUAUGAUAUUAAUGAUGUACUUUGUUCGAGUUACAUCAUCUUUGAGUCACCUCGGUGGUUUAACUUGAAAUGAGAUAAUGAAUACUUUACGUGCAUAGGUUUUAUUUAAUUUUUUCUAGACUUUUAUACUACUAUCAAUAAAAUAUUGUUAUGAUAAAUUGUGAGAAGUGGUUGAUUUUAUUGUAAUAUAUUUAUUAUUAUAAUUACAACAAAUUACUACAAAAUA